CAAGCAAGCCAAGAAUGCCAUUUAACGUAAUUGCGUAGGAACCAUUAAGUUGGAAGGAACUUUCCGCCAGUGAGCGUGUUUCUGUGGGGAAGGUAACGGUGUGCGGAACGGCCGGCUACAAACAACAGCAAAGAGGUCCACAUACACGCCGAUUAGAACAUUAUGCGUAUUUUCAUCAGUAUUUGAUUAAUAUGAGUAAAGAAACACAAAUGAGGGCUGCCAUUAACCAGAAGUUAAUUGAGAUGGGUGAGAGGGAGAGGUUAAAGGAGUUGCUUCGAGCCAAGCUCAUCGAGUGUGGCUGGAGAGAUCAGCUCAAAGCUCUCUGCAAAGAGGUGAUCAAGGAGAAAGGUUUAGAGAAUGUUACUGUCGAAGACUUGGUCGCUGGAGUUACUCCCAAAGGAAGAGCCCUGGUGCCUGACAGUGUAAAGAAGGAGCUGCUGCAGAGAAUAAGAGCCUUUCUCGCCCAGCAGUCGACAUGAUGCUCAGCAUAUCUGAGAAUAUUUUGAGAGUAUCUGUCAUUUUUGUAUUGACAUUAUGCCAAUAGCAAUGCCAGAAUGCUGUAAGUUGAACUGUUUCGUGGUGUGAUUUCACUCUUCAUUGUGUAUUUUUGUUACUGUCAAUAAAGGUUGAU